AUGAAGCAGCUGGGUGAUGAUGAUUUUCUUGAAAAAUUCAAGCUAAGAUUUGAUAAAGGGGAAAAUUUCCUUCCAAAUUCAGCGACCCCUCAAAUCCGUCGAGAAGCAGAGGAGGCAAAGCGGGACCACCAAGCAGCACUUGAGCCACCUUUACCACCACCACCACUACAGGAUGCAGAUGAGAUCUUUAAGAAGAUGAAAGAAACUGGUCUCAUUCCCAAUGCCGUGGCAAUGCUUGAUGGCCUCUGCAAGGAUGGGCUGGUCCAAGAAGCCAUGAAACUUUUUGGUUUGAUGCGUGAGAAGGGUACUAUCCCUGAAGUUGUGAUAUACACGGCUGUGGUGGAAGGCUUCAGCAAGGCCCAGAAACUUGACGAUGCCAAGAGGAUUUUCAAGAAAAUGCAAAACAAUGGAAUCAAUCCUAAUGCAUUCAGUUACACAGUCUUGAUCCAGGGGCUCUAUAAAGGUAAUCGGUUGGAGGAGGCCCUUGACUUUUGUGUGGAGAUGCUGGAGGCCAAUCACUCUCCGAACUUGGCUACUUUCACGGGUUUGGUUGAUGGUUUUUGCAGGGAGAAAGGUGUUGAAGAAGCCCGGAACACAAUCACAGCAUUGAGGCAGAAAGGUUUCUUUUUUGAUCAGAAAAAUGUUACAGAGUUUUUGGACAAGAAAGGACCGUUCUCGCCAUUGGUUUGGGAGGCAAUCUUGGGAAAGAAAAGCUCACAGAGAACUUUGUGA